AUGGCUUUUCCCCAUCGGCCGGACGCGCCUGAGUUGCCUGACUUCUCCAUGCUUAAAAGACUGGCCAGAGACCAGCUCAUCUAUCUGCUGGAGCAGCUUCCUGGAAAAAAGGACUUGUUCAUUGAGGCAGAUCUGAUGAGCCCUUUGGACCGAAUUGCCAGUGUCUCUAUCCUGAAGCAACAUGAAGUGGACAAGCUGUACAAGGUGGAGAGUAAGCCAGUCCUCAGCUCCAGUGAACAAUUGUGCUUCUUGGUCAGACCUCGCAUCAAGAAUAUGCGAUACAUUGCCAAUCUUGUCAAUACUGACAAAUUGGCUGGCCGGACUCGAAAAUACAAAGUGAUCUUCAGCCCUCAGAAGUUUUAUGCCUGUGAGAUGGUGCUUGAAGAAGAAGGAAUCUAUGGAGACGUGAGCUGUGAUGAAUGGGCCUUCUCCUUGCUGCCUCUUGAUGUCGAUUUGCUGAGUAUGGAGCUACCAGAAUUUUUCAGAGACUACUUCUUGGAGGGAGAUCAGCGUUGGAUCAACACUGUGGCGCAUGCCUUGCACCUUCUCAGCACUCUCUACGGCUCCUUUCCUAACUGCUAUGGACUUGGCAGGUGUGCUAAGAUGUCACAUGAAUUAUGGAGGACACUCGAGGAGGAGGAGGACGGUGAAACCAAGGGUCGGAAGGCAGAAAUUGGACAUAUCUUUUUCCUGGACAGAGAUAUGGACUUUGUGACGGCACUUUGCUCCCAAGUGGUUUAUGAAGGCCUGGUGGACGACACCUUCCGCAUCAAGUGUGGGAGUGUCGACUUUGGCCCAGAAGUCAUGUCCUCUGACAGGAGCCUGAAGGUGCUGCUCAAUGCUGAGGAUAAGGUCUUUAAUGAGAUUCGUAAUGAGCACUUCUCCAAUGUCUUUGGCUUCUUGAGCCAGAAGGCCCGGAACUUGCAGGCUCAGUAUGAUCGCCGGAGAGGAAUGGACAUCAAGCAGAUGAAGAACUUCGUGUCCCAGGAACUCAAGGGACUGAAACAGGAGCACCGCCUGCUGAGCCUCCAUAUUGGGGCCUGUGAGUCCAUCAUGAAGAAGAAAACCAAGCAGGAUUUCCAGGAGCUAAUCAAGACUGAACAUGCAUUGCUCGAGGGGUUCAACAUCCGGGAGAGCACCAGCUACAUUGAGGAGCACAUAGACCGGCAGGUGUCACCAAUAGAAAGCCUUCGCCUCAUGUGCCUGUUGUCCAUCACUGAGAAUGGUUUGAUCCCUAAGGAUUAUCGAUCUCUGAAAACCCAGUAUCUGCAGAGCUAUGGCCCUGAGCACUUGCUGACCUUCUCCAAUCUGAGGCGAGCUGGUCUUCUCACGGAACAGGCCCCUGGAGACGCCCUCACAGCAAUGGAGAGCAAAGUGAGCAAGCUGGUGACGGACAAGGCUGCAGGAAAGAUUACUGACGCCUUCAGUUCUCUGGCCAAGAGGAGCAAUUUUCGUGCUAUCAGCAAAAAGCUGAAUUUGAUCCCACGUGUGGACGGCGAGUAUGACCUGAAAGUGCCACGGGACAUGGCCUAUGUCUUUAGUGGUGCUUACGUGCCCCUGAGCUGUCGAAUCAUUGAGCAGGUGCUGGAGCGGCGAAGCUGGCAGGGCCUUGAUGAGGUGGUACGGCUCCUUACCUGCAGUGAGUUUGCAUUCACAGACAUAACCAAGGAAGACAAGGCUUCCAGCGAAUCCCUGCGCCUCAUCCUAGUGGUGUUCUUGGGUGGUUGCACAUUCUCUGAGCUCUCAGCCCUUCGGUUCCUGGGCAGAGAGAAAGGGUACAGGUUCAUUUUUCUGACAACGGCGAUGACAAACAGCGCUCGCCUGAUGGAGGCCAUGAGUGAGUGAAAGCCUGACGUUUCCGGC